ACGUUAUGGGUUGAAAUUCAAUACCGCGUCUCCAUUCUUGCACCAUACUAAUCUGUCGAUAAUCACAUCACUAUCUCACUUGGGUUUUCUGCCUGUCUUGCGGAGAACCCACUUCCAUUUUGUAAAUGAAUUCAUUCGGCUGACGAUGUAGCAGCCAUGGGUAUUGAUGAUUCAUCCUCUUCAUCUUCAGAAAAGCGUAGCUUUCGUGAGCUUGAUGAUGUUUUCUUACAGUCUCAAGCAAGAAUAUGGCUUGGAGAAGUGCUGCACACAAGAUUUGAUGAGCUACUAAGCAUAUGUGAUCUACUUUCUGAUGGGAAGCUGCUAUUUGAUGUUUCAAAAGCAUUAUGGAAUAUGUUGUUGGUUAAAUAUAUGGAGCUCAACAAUUUUAAAGAUCAUAUGAUUAUACCAGUUGAUACAAGGAAGAGCAGUGGGAGAUAUAGGCCUUACUCCAACAUUGAUUCGUUUUUUAAGGUAUGUAAGGUUUUGGGAUUGAGUGGUGUGGAUCUUUUCUCCCCAUCUGAUGUUGUGGAGAAGAGAGGCACUCGAAAAGUAUGUAUGUGUAUACGAUCUCUAUCGAAGAAAGCCAGGUCUAAGCAAUUAAAUGUUCCAGAUUUUGAUGAUGUUACCAAAACAAUAGCCAUGCCCACAAAUGUAGUUGGAUGCAUCAGAAGAAGCUUGGAAUUAUCGACAUGCAGUGUUACCCACAGACGAAGUACAGAUGCAAGAUUGAGAUUCAGGCAGAAAAGUUCCUCUGCAUCACUUAAACAAGAGGACAAGUCAUGUCUUGAAGAAUCUGAUGAGGAAAAAAGUAAUUUUUCAGACACUUCAUAUGCAGAUUAUCUAUAUUUGGAGUCAGGCGAGUCACCAGAGGCAGUCGAUAAGUAUGCUCUUACUCAAAGCAUACAACAGGUUGAUACCAAGAAGCAAAAAAUGGAUAUAUUUGCUCACAUACCAGGAUCAGCAGAAUCCAUUGUCUUGCAAUUUGUUAGUAGUGAUAAUCUACUGGAUGGAAUUUCAUCGCCUGUUUGUGAAUCACGAUUGAUGAUAUGUGAUGAGUUCACACCCAUAAACCAUGGAGAAGAUUUUUGGCAUGAUGAAGAACCAGAGAGAAUUGAUGUUAGUCAUGGAGCUCUUAGUACGCCGAACAUGGGGGAAGUCAAUCAUCAUAUAUCUUUAUCAAAUAGUCUUUCCUUUAGAAUUCUGGCUCCUGUUCAUAUCUCUGCGAAUUGCUUGUGCCAUUCAUGUAUUGGUACUGAAACCCAUAAUUCAAAUACAACACCCAACGCUUCCAUGUAUAGAAUAUGGAGGAAGUUUCCUGAUGAUAUAGAGCCAUCUUCCAUAAGCAGUGUGAGCUCUGUAGGGGGCCGUGUAAUUGACUUUGACUUUGAUGCCAAGUCUGAGCCAGAUGAUCUCAAAACUUCGAUAUUCCAGUUUGGAACAAAGCUAGAAAAUUCUAUAGAUUCUAUUUCACCAUGUGCGGAUGAUGCAAACUUGUACAGGUCAGUAAAUCAAGAUCUUGAAUCACUGAAUCACAAAUCUCAGACCCAAAGACAUUUGGGAGAUUCCUUAGUGUUGGUGAAGGAUAAUGUCACAAAUAUUACAGACAAUAUCCAAGAAAUUUUGGUAAGUAAAGGGGUGAAUGACAAGUUGAUGAAGGGUGUUGAAAUGGCUGAUUCAAAUUCGACUUACAUAGUGGAUGGUAUAUGUAAUUAUCGCAUGACGGUUGAAUCAAGUGAAAGAUGUGAUUGUCUCAUACAGCAUCAACCUGGAAUAUUGCAGGAGAUUGGUAGAAAAGGUUUUGGCACUGUGAAGAAAGAAGAUGAUCAACUAUGCACUAAUCAAAGUGACGAUGUUCAUUGCUAUGCUGUAGAUAGAAGUAAAGCUGCUGGCAAGUGUGAAAGAAAAGAAGACGACAUUGACAGUUUGGCGGAAACAAACACAAAUGGGAGAAACGACAAUGGAACUGUUAACAUGGAGAAAAAGCCCAGCAGAGUGCCAUUGAUGAAAAGAGUUGCUAAAGGCACAGCCCUUAUCGGCAUUUUAUUUUUGGUUCACCUCAGGAAUACGAGGGAUAGAAAUAGAAACCACAAAAUGUCAGAGAAAUCAAGUCAGAUUCAUUGGAGGUCAAGUGGAGUGAGGUUGUCAAGAAGGAAUGGAGAAAAGGGAAGCAAGAUAUAUCCGGUUGAGAAGUUCAGAUUUGGGGAUUAGAUAUGAGAAGUUCAGAUUUGGGGAUUUUAUA